UUCCAAAGAUCGAAAGCAAAGCAAAUAUAUACAGAAGGUAUAUUUAUGUAGCCAAAGUAAUAUUCUAAUUAUGUUCGCCGAAAAAUUGGAUGCAUUUUUAAACUCUCUGACUGUUUCUGGCGUAAGUUAAAAAGCUAAUGUUUGCACAUAUUCGUUAAACUUUUUUCAAAUAUUUCUGGAAACGAAUGUUGCAAUGACAGUAUACAAAAGUCGUUGAUUGAUUUUCUGCUAUUUAUAAUGUCACAAAACAUCAAUCAGCCAGAGUUGAUUCCACUCCACGCAUUCGAUAAUGAGGAAGACUCGAUGCUGGAUGCCAUUAACAGCAUACAUUCCGAAAACGAUUUUGAUUACCUGCAAAAAUGUGUGAGCAGUCUCGAAAGCAAAGAUUCGGGUAUAAAUCUUUCUCCCGAAUCUGUGAGCGUUUCAAGUUCGGAUUUACACUUAGAACAUCUCGACGAUUACAAAAAUACCAACCAUGAUCCGCAUAACGUAGACAUGAGAUUCAUGAAAGGAAAAAAUGUAUUUCUAGACUCGAAAAUUGUAGAUGAUGAUCUUUCUAAAAGAAAAGAAGAUUCGAAUUCUGAAAACGGUUCUGAAGCUUCACUCAGUUUACACGAGGAAUCGAAUGGCAUUCUCGAAUAUGUUGUAAAUCCUGAAAAUGUUAUCAAUUACCAUCUUCUCGAUACUUCACCGAUCACAGAUAACUUCGAGCACUUCGAGGAUCCGAAAUUCCUAGGAACUAUUGAUGAAUCUUUGCAUAAAAGUUCCACUUUAGAAGAUUACAGUAUUAUUCCCGCGUCCAGCGAAUCUUAUUUUAGAAGCAAAAAAUAUCUGAGCAACGAAUCCGACGCCAAAGAAACUGAUGCCGAAAUAAAUACCAGCGAAAUGAAAACAUUGGAAAUAAAUAAAAAGAGUGUUAACAAGGAUUUAGAAUUAAAAGUUUGCUCGCAAUGUCCCAUGACUUUUAAGUACAAAAGACAUUUUGACAGACACAUGGAAGGACACGAGAAGAAUAAUUGUUUCCACUGUAAUGCCAAAUUUGCAAGGCGAAAGCACCUUGAUGUUCAUCUUUAUAGGAUUCAUGGGGAGAGUACUAACAAUCGAUAUCCCUAUUCCUGUGAUAUUUGUUUACGGAACUUCCCAAAAAAAAUUCUCCUAAAUCGUCACAGAACUAAACACCAUUUUGAAAACGGUAACGUCUGCUCUCAAUGUGGAGAGAUCACUAAAACUGAGGUGGAAAUGCAACAACAUAAACUCAAACACGAGAAGGAAAAACAAUUUCAGUGCAUGAGGUGCUCUCAUCUUUUUAGCACUGAGCAGACUUUCCGAAGCCAUAUUCAAAAUCAUGAUAAUUAUAAAUGUUCCAAGUGUGAUUCUUCUUUUGCUUCGAAAAAAGCUUUCAGUAAACACUUUAGACUCACUCAUUCAACAAAAAAUCAGGAUGUUAAACCUAUGAAGGAUGGUCUCUACUUUUGUACAGAUUGUUGUCAAAGUUUCAUGAACAAGGGCGGCUAUUGUCGUCAUUUGGUAACAGCGAUGCAUCUUAGCAAAGUCAAUCAACAACCACCUGCAAGUGCUUCAUGUCCCGUUUGUAAAAAAAUAUUAACAACACGACAAGCUUGUGUGCAGCAUAUUAGACGGGUUCACAGAGGUGAUAAAAAAUUUGUAUGUGAUGCACAAGGUUGCUCUUUUCAGUGUGCGUAUAAAAACGACUUGGCGAAGCACAAACAACUCCACGUUGAAGAGCGCAACGUCGUUUGUGAAUAUUGUGGAAAAGCUUUCACCAGCAUCAGUAUUCUCAAGGAUCAUAUUCUUUACGUGCAUAAUAAAGAGAGGCAAUUCGUCUGCGAAGAAUGCGGUAAAUCCUUUAAAAGAAAUAGUCUGUUAAAUCGUCACAAACUUUCCCAUCAGCAGUUGCGACCUUAUGCUUGUGGGCAAUGCUCUGCGGCUUUCAAAAGAUCUCAUCACCGUACAAGGCACAUGGAAAGUUGCCACAGGCUCACUUCGGAAAAGAAGAGAAAGAAAAUAGGAGGAGGUGAUCUCAUUCCAGUACCUGAACAGUUUAACAAAACUAGACCAAAGAAUUUGAAAGUUCAGAAGGAGUCUCGCAAUUUGGAAACCCAAAAGGAUUUAAAUUCAGAAGCUCACUCUUCAUUGAAUCAAGAUUCUUUGGACGACCUGGUCUCGAUUCAAACGCAAAGCAGUUCAACUUCCCUUUCGUUUGUCGAAAGUCCCAGGGUCUCGAUAGAAAUUCCGAACAAUUUACUUGAAACGGAAGCUGUUUCUGAAGUAGUUUCUCUAGUCGAUAUUAACUCGGGUCAAGUAGUGACUGUUGAAGUCACUAAUCAGGAUUCGUUGCCGAUUGACGAUAUCGUCAGUCAAUUUGAAGAAAACUUGGAAUUCCAAAACGAAAUUCUCAGCAGAAACCAAAGUUUCUAUGAUAAUGCGAAUUACUCUGAACUGCAAUUGGAAGAAGAGUUGAUCACUUUUGGAUUCAAGUAGUGAUAAAAUAGAUUCUCUUCCUAUCUUAGACAAUUACAUACUUAGCACAGAAUUUUCUUUCUUUUUUGAAUUUGUAAGGAUGUUAAUUAAUGUUAGCUUAAAACUAGUACAAAUUGGAAAUUUAUUGUAACUAAUAUUAAAGAUGAAUGAAACUAGUUUAGAGUAUUACGCAGAGAUAUCUAAGUUAAUAAAUGUUGUAAAGUAACGAAUUUUUCUUGUCAGUCUUCGUUUUGCGGUUUGUAUUUGUAUUAAUAUUUGUGCAAUGCUCAUUAAAUGUUAAAAUAUUUUGUAAGAAUCUGGAAAGAUUUGUGGGUCUAUUAUGCGUUAAACCUGGAAAUCAGGGUUGCUACAGAAGACUGGUUUCAAAAUUCCAUGAUUUUUCCAGAUUUACCUUGUAAAAAAUUCUAGCCAGUUUUAUUGAAUUUCAAUAUAUUCUGCUAGUUGCAGAAUAAUUUACGAACAAUUUUUUGUACAGUUAUUAAUCAAUGAAAAUUUAAAUAAUUUUCCAAUCAUUAUUUAAUUCUGAAUAAUUCUCAUUAAUCCUAUCUAAAGAAAAGUGAUGUUACCAAAUAUCUCGAAAAUCUCGGGACAUGUUGUUGUCGAAAGCAUAAUUGUUUCUUGAUAGUUUAUUUAUCUGUUAAUAAAUAUUA